AUGGAAACGAGGCCCAGCAAUGGUCUUAGCAGCCGAAAGGAGUCCUGUGAAACUCACCCGCAGGGAUUACUGGUGUUCACCGGCUCUUCGGAUCGCGAUGCCAACUUGGCCAAGCAGUUCUGGAUCGGGGCAUCAAUGUAUCCCCCUAACGAAUCUCAGCUGGUGCUGUCCAGAGGUAGCAGUCAGCGUCUGCGGGUGGCGCGGCCCUCGAGGGGCAGUGUGCUUGAGAAAAUUUACUACCAGCCUUUUUUCCUUGAGAAAAGCAAGAAAAGAGAUGUCACUGCUGAAACCCUAAAGAUUCAGGAAUCUGAGGAGAAAAAAAAGUAUCUCCAAAAGAAAGAACUGGUUUCCCUUCCUUAUAAACCAAAAGCCAAAGUACACAAAGCAAAGAAAGUGAUUUCAGAGUCAGAUAAAGAAGACCAGGAAGAAGUCAAAGCCUUGGACUAA